GAAUUCUAUUUACCUGCCUAUUUGCUCCAAUGGAACGAUAUGCGGCAGCCAUGAUGAGACUUCUAAAGCCAAUAAGCGCCGUUCUUGCUGCGUCGCAGAUUUCGUUCUCUCAUGCCACCAGCAACUCGGAAAAGCCAAUCAAGCUCGACGGCUAUGGAAAGUUUUCGGGAACCGUCCUGAAUACUACCUACAGCAAUCAGGAACUCCCUAAGCCCGUUGACGCUUGGCUUGGUAUCGACUAUUCCACACAACCAACUGGAGACGGUCGGUUUAGCCCGGUAGACUGGCCUGCGCCCUUCAAGGGCGUCAAGUCCGCAGCCUCAUACGGCAAGGUGUGCAUCCAAGAGGCAUCGUCAAGCCUCCCAGUCGAAAUCCAAGAUGAAGCUUGUCUCAACUUCAACGUCUACCGAACGCAAGGCGUACCCUUGAGCCAGAAGCUGCCCGUUCUUGUCUGGAUUCACGGAGGGGCUUUCUACGCUGGGAGCUGGAAGAGUUUUGACGGCGCUGCCUUUGUGGCUUCUUCUCGCGUCCCGAUUGUCGUGGUGACGUUCCACUACCGCGUCAACUCGUUGGGAUUUUUGCCAUCUGCGCUCUUCGAAGACGAAGGUCUGCUGAACCUUGGUAUUCGCGACCAGCAUCAAUUCCUCCACUUCGUCCAGAAGCACAUCAAGUCCUUUGGAGGGGAUCCAAAAGCCGUCACCCUCGGAGGACGCUCUGCUGGCGGCCACUCCGUGGGGAUUCACUAUUUCCACAACUACGGCAAGGAAUCCAAGCAAUUGUUUGCACGAGCCAUCCACCAAUCCGGCUCUGUCACGUCCAGAGCUUUUCCCAAUGCGAGCUACCCGCUCUACCAGACUCAAUACGCCGAAUACUUGGCCUACCUUGGAUGCGAUGAGGAAUACGACAACGAGUCGACUCUCGCUUGCCUUCGCAGCGCCGACGUGGAUUCGAUUCGAACCAUCAGCAGCAAGAUUUACAACGACUAUGACCCAGUAUUAACGUGGCCGUUUCAGCCUGUGCAUGGUGGCUUCUUGUUUGAGAAGCCAGGCUCGCAAUCUGGUUAUGACGGCACCUUUUUCCACGUCCCAACAAUCAGCUCGACCACCACUGACGAAGGGAAGUUUUACGUGCCCGGAGACCUGGAAACCAACAAGGAGUUCUUGGAUUAUCUACACAACAUUUCUCCCGCUCUAAAUGCCAAGGAUAUUGCCCUCCUGGAAUCCUUAUAUGCUGAUCCUGCGACUGACCCGACAUCACCCUUUGCCAACUCGCCAAACAGCACGCAGUAUAACCGCAUAGCAGCAGCUUGGAGCGAUUACGCAUACAUCUGCCCUGGUCAGGAGACGUCGUAUCGGACGUCCACCGCCGGCGUUCCCACGUGGAAGCUCCGUUUCAACACGCCCAACAAUGUCCCCGCUUGGCAGGGAAUCCCGCACACAUCUGAUACAAGGUACACUUGGGAUGAGCCUACGGCUCAGUACCCUGAGAUCAGCCACCUCUACCACGGAUACCUCUCUAGCUUUGUAGCAAGUGGAGAUCCUAAUAAAUACAGAUACCCUGGGAGUCCGAAGUGGCCUCAGUAUGAGGGAGAUGCAAAUGAGCCAAAGCAGCUAGUCGUGCAGCCAAAGGGAACACAGGUCGAGAAGGAUACCAUUAGAAAGGAGGCUUGCCUUUUCUGGAGAGAUUCUGAUCGAGCUACUAGAUUAAAUAAAUAGUUUCCUCGACGGCAUAAUAAUAGGGCAUAUGUCUUUAGAGACACUCAUUAGUAUCACUGACUUUCAACGAGCACGAUAAGUUACUUAACAUAUGGGUCUGGUUAGAAGUAAAUAGAAGUAUCACUAGUCCCUGACAUAUAGUCACAUGGGUUUCCAC